UUGGAACUGUUACUAGGAGGAUUGUUAUGUUGUGUUAUGUUGUGUUAUGUUGUGUUGUGGUGAUGGAGUUAGGUAAGAGCACAGCACAGGAAUGUUGUUGAGCUGAGGUUGAGCUCCUUCGAUUGGACAGGUCAGCUCCAACUUUAAUAACAAAACCAAACCGUACCAUUCGAUCAUUUUAACCCCUCAAUUUCAUUCUUCCGUCAAUCUCUCUGUUCUGUUCUUUCUCUCUCUUACUCACUCUCUCAGACGCAGACACACAGCUUCUCCCUUUCAGCAACCAUGGACAGGGUCAUCGGCGGCAAGUUUAAGACUGGUCGGAAAAUCGGAAGCGGUUCAUUUGGAGAAAUUUAUAUAGCCUCAAAUAUGGACACCUCGGAGAUUGUUGCCAUCAAGAUGGAAAACAAGAGAACCAAACAUCCACAACUAUUGUAUGAGGCAAAGUUAUAUAACAUUCUUCAAGGAGGAAGUGGUGUUCCAUGUAUGAAGUGGUGCGGUACUGAUGGAGACAAUAAUGUUUUAGUUAUUGAUCUUCUGGGACGGAGUCUUGAAGACUUUUUUGUCUAUUGCGGGAGGAAAUUGUCAUUAAAAACAGUUUUGAUGUUGGCUGAUCAGAUGCUGACAAGAAUAGAGUACCUGCAUUCCAAGGGAUUUUUGCAUAGAGAUAUCAAACCAGAUAAUUUUCUUAUGGGUCUUGGGAAGAAAUCAAAUCAGGUUUAUAUUAUUGAUUUCGGACUAGCGAAAAGAUAUAGGGAUCCAAACACAAAUAAGCACAUUCCUUACAGAGAGAAUAAAAGCUUAACAGGAACUGCUCGUUACGCAAGUUGCAACACUCACAUGGGAAUUGAACAAAGUCGCCGUGAUGAUUUGGAGUCUCUUGGCUAUGUUCUAAUGUACUUUUUAAGAGGAAGCCUUCCUUGGCAGGGUUUGAAAGCUGCCACCAAAAAGGAAAAAUAUGACAAUAUCUGUGACAAGAAGUUAUCAACUCCUAUUGAGGUGCUCUGCAAGUCAUUUCCUGUGGAGUUUGCUACAUACUUUCAUUAUUGCCAAUCUUUGACAUUUGAUCAACACCCAGAUUAUGGAUACUUGAAGCGCCUGUUUAGUGAUUUGUUCAAACGAGAAGGAUAUAAUUCCGACUAUAUAUAUGACUGGACCAUCCUCAAAUAUCAGCAGUCUCAACAGACAAAGAAACAAAAUCAAUCAUCUUCUUCAGCUGCAUUGCCUAGCAAUCUAGAACCAGCAGUUGUGGAAAACCCCAAAGGAGCCAAUGAUUCAACUCAUGUUAAUGUAACAAAUAUGUUGGCUAGUCUUGAACUCCCAAGUGCACGUGCGCAGCCUAAGCCAUCUAAUGCUCGGAAUCUGGAUGCCAAGAUUCGGACUGAGAAACAUGGUGUGAACAAUAUUCCACCUAGUUCCUCUGCCUUGCCCAAAUCCUCUACAUGAAAUGUCUCGAAACCAGAAAAGUCCACAGGAACCUCAAACCUUGGUCGUGUAUUUGGGAGUAAUUCUCGUGUUUCAAGCAGCUGGAUUCCUUCACUACGCCGAAUUUCUUCCGCCAAAUAGACAGGAUUAUGAAGGUGUGACUUGGAGCUCUUUUCACAUUUGCUAAUGUCAUGUACUCAUUUCACUCCACCAGCGGAACAUUAUAUUAGACUGUAAUGACCAGCAUGAUACAGUGACAUAACAAGCUUCCUGGAUAUGACACUAAUACUAAAUUUAUGGUUGGAUUCAUUGUUGCUGAGUGAGAUUGGUGCCGUCAUUUUUGAAGAGUUGGAAUGAGAGAAAGAAAGUAAGGGAGUGUGGACGAUUUUAAAGAACGAGGCAUGCUGGUGGAUGUCCCACACGAGGCCCCAGGGUAAAUGGUUGGUAGGCCUUGAACUGUAAGAGUUUGGCGGGGUUGCAUUUUUUUCUCUAAUCAUGAUGAAUCGAACAUGUAUGGGUGUGGGGAAGCUACAAUCAUUCUUAUUGUACCUUUUUUAUUAUUUUAUUGUUUCUAUUCUUUUUAUUUUC